GUCUCUCUAGGCUCUCAGCCAAGUCAACCAAACCCCGCAGCUCCCAAAGUUUUCCAAUGGCCUCCUCCGUCGUCACCCUCAACGUCGGCGGCGAGGUCUUCCAGACAACCGUCGCCACGCUCUCCCGCGCCGGCGCCUCCUCCCCUCUCGCCUCGCUCGCCCCGACCCCGGCCUCCGCGCCGCACUUCCUCGACCGCGACCCGCGCCUCUUCGCGACCCUCCUCUCCUUCCUCCGCCGCGGCCGCCUCGCGCCGACGUCGCCGGACUCGGAUCCCCCCUCCCCGGCGCUCCUGGCCGAGGCACGCCACUUCGGGGUCGAGGGCGCGCUCCUCGCCUCGCUGUCCCCCGCCUCCGCCUUCUCCCCGCUGGCCCUGCGGCCCUCCGCGCUGCUCCCGCUCGCCGGCCGCGUGCCCCCGUCCGCGGUGGCCGUGCCGCCCUCCCCGCAUCCGGCCUCUGUCUUCGCCGCGCAUGGCGGGGUCGUCACUCGGUUCGACGCCGCGCUCGCCUCGCGCGGCAGCGUGCUCACGCCGCUCCCCGCCGUGGAUUCCCUCGUCGCGGUGUCCCCUACACUCGCCCUCGCCGGCGCACGCGAUUUCGCAGGGGUGCACCUCUGCCUGUACCCGGAUGAUGCCCCCGCCACGGCUCGCGAGGUGCUUUCCUGGCCAGGAUCCCCCUCCGCCACCGUGCUGUCGAUGGCAGCCACUUCUGCCACCGAAGUGUCAUCCCCUUGGCUGUUCACCAGCUUCGAGUCGGCACGGCGGAACUCGAGCGCUGUAGUGACGUUUGACAUGAAUUCCCUCUCACCUGUGGCAGAAAUUGGCCGGAAGGAGGUGUAUGGUGCGGACGUGGAGGCAGCCAUCCCGGCUUCCAGGCUCAGCUGGCUUGGCAGGCACAAUCUCCUGCUCGCCGCUGGGUCGCACUCUGGUCCUGCCGGAGUGGUGGGGGACAUUUGCCUCUGGGAUGUUCGGGCGAGCGCGACUGUGCCAGUGUGGGAGUUAAGGGAGAAGGAGGACUGCUUCGCAGACAUUGCCGCAUCAGAGGCACUGUCAUCGUUGUUCAAGGUGGGGGCAGCAUCCGGUGAAGUGUUCAUGGCUGACUUGAGAAUGCUCGGUGGUGGUGGCAUUAGCAUUGAACCGUGGGUGUGCAUUGGAGAUGGGCAGAGAGCAGCAGCUGCGGCAUCUGCAGGCAGAAAGGAGGGGAAUGGUUGCAGGAUUGAGUGCUAUCUCAAUUGGGUAUUUGUGGCGCGCGGUGGAGAGGUUGAGGUGUGGACACAGGUGGAAUUGGCUCAAGAAGCUGGUGGGAAGAAGUUGAUGAGGAGGAAUUGGGUGGGGAAUGGACCAUCCUUUGUGAUUGCAGGCGGAAGUGGCCACGAGAGUGUGAAGGAGAAGACCAAGAUUGUGAGCUGGGCCUUUGGAGGCAGCAGGAUGGCAUUGGCGAGGGAUGAUAAGCGGUCCAUUGAGGUGUGGGAUAGUGCACCGGCGGCUAUAUCUUUCAACCCCUAACCCUGAAUAGAGGAAGAAGACUACAAAUGUGCAAUAGUCUCAAUUUCACCUUGGAUGGAGCAAGUUGGGAUCUUCAGGUGGUAUCAUAGGUUACUGCCCCUCUACGCACCGCCACCGCGAAACCAUGACAAAGUUCCCGUCACCCAUUAGUCCUAGUGGGAUCUCGUGUCAUUCUAGAACUGAAGUUCGCAAGGGCGAUACUUUGGUCAGAUAUCUAAACGACUGAACCAGAAACCUCCAGUGCAGAUCUGAAUUUUGAAGCCGAAACUUCUUACCUGAACAACAGCACAUUGUAGGCCCAUUAGAUGUUGCUUUGCAAAGUUCUACAAGUUGCAAAAUGAUUAUUUUGAGUAAUAGCAUAUGCACUACUGAAAUAAUGAUAGUAGAGCAAUAUAUGAAUUGGCAUUAACACUCCAGAUAUUAUGCAGUAAAUCAGGCAACAGGAUCAGCCGAUUUUAAUGUUAAGAAAUAUUAUAUACCUUAUGAAUUCAGAUGCGAUUUUGAGAUUCUUUGA